AUUCCAUCGUGCCGUGCUUGAACACUCCAUCGUUGGCCUGAGAAAAUUGACCAUAGAACGUGAACGCGCCAAUAAACCACCACGAGAAUCGAUGAACUUCAAAAUUUUCCUCUCAGUAUCUGCAUCACUUUAUCACCCACUCGAAAUUAUUUAAAUGAUCGAGUGAAGAAACAGUUUUCUACGUUAUCUAAAAUUAAACCUCUGUCGUUUGUGUUUAAAUUCUCACAGAUCCAAGGCAAUUCCGAUCUGAAAGUUGCAAAAAUGGUGGACAAGUAUGAGAAAGACAAUUUGGCCGAGAAAUACUUAGAAGGGAGGCCUAGAUCUUACCCUGCCGACUGGUACUCUAAACUCGCCGCCCUCACCGCUGGCCAUUCCCUCGCCUGUGACUUCGGCACCGGCAAUGGCCAAGCCGCUCUCGGCGUUGCAGAGCAUUACGAGAAAGUAAUCGGAAUCGAUGUGAGCAAAUCGCAAUUAGAAUGCGCGAUGAAGCACGAAAGAGUUCAAUACCUCCACUUACCGACCUCGAUGAGCGAAGACGAGAUGGUGAAAUCAAUCGGCACCGACAACACCGUAGAUCUGAUCGUUUCCGCCGAGGCCGUGCACUGGUUCGAUCUGCCGAAAUUCUACGCCGUCGCCUCUCGUCUUCUCCGGAAGCCAGGCGGAAUCAUCGCGGUUUGGGGAUAUUACUACAUAUCCUUGAACGAUGCCUUCAAUGCCGCGAUGAAUCGAUUGACGGAAGCCACGCUGCCGUUUUGGGAUCAGAAAGUGAAGGAAUACGUCCUGAACGAUUACAGGACGAUUCCGUUCCCUUUCGAGAGCGUGGGGAUCGGAUCUGAAGGGAAGCCGGAGCAUUUGGAGAUGGAACAAGAGUUUUCGUUUGAAGGAAUGUUGAAGUAUCUGAAAUCGAUGGGGCCAGUGAUUUUGGCGAAGGAGAACGGCGUGGAUGUGAUGUGCGAAGAAAUGGUUAAGGAGCUGAGAGAUGCUUGGGGCGGCGGAGAUUUGGUCAGAACCGUCGUGUAUAAAUGCUUCAUGCUCGCCGGAAAAGUUAGAACCUAACGAAUUACCGGAGAAUAAUUAAUGAAUUUCCUUUUGCAUU